UAGGUAAGUUUCCGUCAUUUUUUAGGAUAAAAUAAUCUAAGGGGAAGAAUGUAACAUCCUUUCUUUUUUCCCUUACAUAGUUUUCUCGACGUCAUGACUACGCCCAAUCAAUCGCGUCGCGCCUCGUCACAUUUUCUGAGCUAGUCAGUUACGAGUGACUCAGUGAGUCAAACUCGUGGACCCCUCGUCUUCCACCUCCUCCCCAAUCCCAUCCUCAAUCCAAAUCUCUGAAACUCUCUCUCUCUCUCUCUCCUCCAAAACCCUACUCUCUCUCCCCUCUCCUUUCCAUUUCCAAUGUCCUCUUCCUCAAUUCACCUCCCAAUCACUCCCUCCGCGUAAUUACUCACUCACUUUCACUCCAUCUUCUUCAAAUUCACCGUCCGAUAAGUGACACCUGUCCAUCGACGACGCUACCUACCAAAAACUCGAAACGGAAAACGCGUUUCAUAAUUCCGAAAACGAUAGUUGCAAGAUGCAGCAGCAGCAGCAACGCCGAGGUGAGUUAGUAGUGAACGGUUACGUCGUUUACACACGACGAAAGAGGAUCAAUCAUCAUUCCGAGAACGAGGAAUUCAAGAGACUCAAAACCGAAGAAAAUGUACAAGUUAAAGUGGAAACUGUUUCUGCUGAGGCGGUCCGUAACGAUGUCGUUUUGUGGACGUCUAAACGGCAACGGAAACCGUCGUAUAAGAUGAAAGUUGAAUCAGAACAAGAUGCUUCUGCUGUUAACGUCGCUGUUCGCGUUGCGAAGGAGAAUACGAAUACGAAGAGCAUUGUGGUGAACAAGAAGCCUAUGACUGUGAAGGAGCUAUUCGAUACUGGUUUGCUCGAUGGUGUUCCCGUUGUUUACGUCGGCUGCAAAAAGCAGGCUUCAGAUUCGGGAUUGCAGGGUGUAAUUGCAGGUGGAGGGAUAUUGUGCUCGUGCUGUCUGUGCAAUGGACGCAAAAUUAUUCCCCCCUCACAAUUUGAGAUUCAUGCCUGCAAAAUAUAUAAGAGGGCAACCCAAUAUAUCUGCUUUGAAAAUGGGAAGAGUUUGCUUGAACUAUUGGGAGUAUGCAGGGCAGCUCCCUUACAUACUUUAGAAGCUACCGUUCAAAAUUUUAUCUGUUUGCCGUCUGAAGAAAAGUAUUUUACUUGCAGGAGCUGCAGAGGUUGUUUCCCUACUUCAACUGUGGAGAGAGUGGGACUUACGUGCCAUUCUUGCAUUGAGGCAAGGAAGUCUGAAGAUAAUUCUAUUCGUGCAGUUGGCAAAAGAGUCAGGACUCCUCGACCAUUACUGUUCUCUAGUCCAUCUAGUACAUCGAAAAUGUGUAUCUCCUCAAAAACUAAGAGUAAGAGACAAAAGAAGAAGAGAACAAAGCCAUCAAAACUGUCAGUAAAACUUAAGACUGCUCCAAUUACUUCAAUUUCGACGUGCUCAUCUCCACAAAAUAAGUGUCACUGGAGGAUCAAUAACAAGCAUCAGCGAUUGCACAAAUUAAUUUUUGAAGAAGAUGGAUUGCCUGAUGGAGCUGAAGUAGCUUAUUAUGCACGUGGACAGAAAUUGCUUGAAGGUAUUAAAAAGCGAUCCGGAAUUAUUUGUCGAUGCUGCAACACUGAGAUCAGCCCCUUACAAUUUGAGAUUCAUGCAGGGUGGGCUUCUCGCAGGAAGCCUUAUGCAUACAUCUAUACGUCGAAUGGGGUAUCUCUCCAUGAGUUGGCAUUAUUCCUCUCAAAAGAUCGCAAGCGAACUGCAAAAUAUAAUGAUGAUGCAUGCAUUGUUUGUUGGGAUGGUGGAAACCUGUUGCUCUGUGAUGGAUGCCCAAGGGCCUUUCAUAAAGAAUGUGCAUCUGUAUCAAGUACUCCACUAGGUGGAUGGUACUGUCCAAUUUGUCAACACAUGUUCCUUGGAGAAGGGUCUGUGGCACUCAAUCCUGAUGCUGUGGCAGCCGGAAGGGUUGAAGGAGUUGAUCCUAUUGAACAGAUUGCCAAGAGGUGCAUACGCAUUGUGAAAGACAUUGAAGUUGAGAUAGGUGGAUGCGCUUUGUGCAGGGGUUCUGACUUCAGCAGAUCAGGAUUUGGUCCACGCACAAUAAUAAUAUGUGAUCAGUGUGAAAAGGAAUAUCACGUGGGCUGUUUGAGGGAUCAUAAAAUGGCAUAUUUGAAGGAGUUGCCCGAAGGGGACUGGCUUUGUUGCAAUGAUUGCAUAAGAAUACAUUCUAUUUUGGAGAACCUCCUAGUUAGGGUGGCAGAGAGACUCCCUGAAUCUCUUUUGGAUGUUAUAAAGAAAAAGCAAGAGGAAAGAUGUUUGGAACCCCUUAAUGUGAUUGAUAUAAGAUGGAGACUUGUUAAUGGCAAAGUUGCUUCUCCUGAAACCAGGCCAUUGCUUUUGGAGGCCGUGACCAUAUUUAAUGAAUGCUUUGAUCCUAUAGUUGAUGCAGCUACUGGACGUGACCUUAUUCCUGCCAUGGUUUAUGGAAGGAAUUUGCAAACUCAGGAUUUUGGAGGAAUGUAUUGUGCAUUAUUAAUGGUCAAUUCAUCUGUGGUAUCUGCGGGCAUGCUUCGGAUUUUUGGGAGAGAUAUUGCAGAACUCCCAUUAAUUGCUACAAAACUCAAGAACCGUGGAAAGGGCUACUUCCAAACACUGUUCUCGUGCAUAGAGAGGCUGCUAGCCUUCUUGAAUGUGAAGUACCUUGUGCUACCAGCUGCUGAAGAAGCAGAAUCCAUAUGGAUACACAAAUUUGGGUUUAGCAGGAUAAAACCUGAGCAGCUCGCCAACUAUAGAAAUAAUUGCCAACAGAUGAUGGCAUUCAAAGGGACAGUUAUGCUUCAUAAAACGGUGCCUCGAUGUCGGGUCAUAAGUAAUCAAUCAUGAGUAACGAGAAAUCUAUAUAAAAAGGAGGUCAAUCAUAAAAGGGGAAAACCCCAAGCUCUGGUAAAUUUUUUAUUUGAAGCCAUUCGUGAACCUGACAUGACAUUUAUCUGACAUUUAUGAUGUCAAUUUCCUAUUUUUUGUUUUGAUUACCCUGGCAAGCAUAUUCGAGUAUUGAUCUUGGACCUAUGCUUUGCAGUCUAAUACAGUGCUAUUUUAUUUUUUAUAUAAAUGGCAUGAGACGUUGGAAGAGCUUACUUUAGUCUACACUGUGACAACAUUAACACUUACUUAGUUAGGUGUUUGAACGAGCCCCUUCCGAUAUCUUAUAGAAAUAGUUUUUUACUCCCUU